AAUCAGUAUGGUUCGUGUCGUUCGUGAUUUGUGUCCGUUUACGGGUCGUGUAAAAGUAGUAAAUUGCCGGGAUUCGAGUUUUAUUUAAUGUUUAGUGAAAAGUAAGGAUUAAUAAGGACUACGGAUGUAUUGACGUACGUACACGCAUUUGUCAUACAUCUGCUGGACACAGUUGCAGGUACGAGGAUAUAUUUAAACGUCAUGUCUCGCCUAUCUCACGUCUUCUAGGUUUACACUAACAGUAUGGACACCAAGACUCUGCCGAGCCUCUUGAGCUUGAAGGUGGAUCCGCCGUCGGAAUUGCAAAAUCAGAAUGUUGACAACGGAGUCGGGGAUGGAGAAGGCGGCCCUGUCAAACUACCGGCCGCUUUGGAGCAAGCUCUGGCAUUUAAAACGGAGAGAGCUAAAGAAGUGGGCGGUGAUCCGAACGACACCGUUGUUUCUGUGAAUAAAUCACCGAAGGACGACGGCGAGGACGUUCCUCAGAUAGAGGAUGUCAUAAUGGGACCGGAACCGACUGCGGAGAAAAUGGAAUCCAAAUCGAGCAAAAUGAAAAAGAAGAAGAAGUCAAAGAGGAAGAGGCACAAUGCGGAGAAGAAGGAUUCCGAACAGAAGAAGGAUGGUACGGAGGAGGCCAAGACUAAGGAAGCUAUGCCAGAGAUAGAGUAUGUACAGGAGAUUCCAAGCAUAAAUGACUUGGAGCCUAUGUACCGCCAAUUUGUUCGAGUCUUCGAGGCGUUUAAGCUGGUGGAGCCGGAACCGAGUCCGAACGAUGCGGCUGAUAAGGGCGAGCCUAUCGGCCAGUAUCCACCGGUAACAAAUAUACAAACUGCCGGCACCGGCAUUCCGAGUAAGGUGCCAUUGUUGGACGACUUUGACGACGAGGCGAAUCAGCAACAGCAGCAACAGGGCACCGGGGAGAACGGGGCGCCGCGUCUGUCCAAGCGUAAACUCAAAAGACUGACGCGGCUGAGCGUGGCGGAAUUGAAGCAGCUGGUAGGUCGUCCGGAUGUCGUGGAGAUGCACGACGUUACCGCGCGAGAUCCAAAGCUGCUUGUGCAAUUGAAGGCUCACCGAAACACGGUUCCAGUACCGAGGCAUUGGUGCUUCAAGCGUAAGUAUCUUCAGGGAAAACGCGGUAUAGAGAAACCGCCCUUUGAUCUACCAGACUUCAUAAAGCGCACCGGCAUCACGGAGAUGAGGGCGAGCUUGCAGGAGCGCGACGACACGCGUACGCUGAAGGCGAAGAUGCGGGAGCGAGCGCGGCCCAAACUGGGCAAGAUCGACAUCGACUAUCAGAAGUUGCACGACGCGUUCUUCAAGUGGCAGACGAAGCCGCGCAUGACGAUCCACGGCGAUCUCUAUUACGAGGGCAAGGAAUUCGAGACGCGCCUGAAGGAGAAGAAGCCGGGAGAAUUGUCGGACGAACUGCGUACAGCUUUGGGGAUGCCUGUGGGACCGAAUUGCCAGAAAGUACCGCCACCUUGGCUCAUCGCUAUGCAGCGUUACGGCCCGCCGCCGAGUUAUCCAAAUCUCAAAAUACCCGGCCUGAAUGCACCUAUUCCAGAGGGUUGCGCGUUCGGCUAUCACGCGGGUGGAUGGGGAAAGCCACCGGUAGACGAAACGGGACGGCCGCUGUAUGGUGAUGUAUUCGGCAUAUCGCGCACUUCCGGCGCGGACGCGAUGGACGAGGAAAUAGACCGGGGGAUGUGGGGCGAGCCCGAGUCAGAGUCGUCAGGCGACGAGGAGGAGGACGAGGACGGUGAGGAGGGCGGCGAAGGUGGCGAGGGCGAAGGAAAGGAAGACGGCGACGCUAGCGGACUGGUCACGCCUGGCGCCGAGGGCCUGAUCACGCCGAGCGGCAUCACGUCGAUCCCGGCGGGCUUGGAGACUCCGGAGACCAUCGAGCUGAGGAAGAAGAAGAUUGAGAGCGAGAUGGAAGGCGGUGACACUCCCGCGCUCUACACGGUGCUGCAGGAGCGACGCACGGAAGGUCUAGGUGCCAGUAUGAUGGGUAGCACCCACGUGUACGACAUGACAGGUGCGGCAGGUGGCCAAGCGCCACCGUCCGUGAUUGCCGCGCGUCGCGGUGCCAUCAGCGGCAGCGCGAGUGACGCGCGAGCGGAGAAGGACGGCGCGGUGGAAUUGACGCUGGAUCCUAGCGAGUUGGACCUCGACUCCGAGGCAAUGGCGACCAGAUACGAGGAGACAAUGAGGUCCAGACAAGCGAAUCAGAGAGAAGAUGUAUCGGACAUGGUGGUAGAUCACGUACAACGACAGAAGAGCAAACGCAAACGCCAGCAGAUCCAGGAUACAAAGACAUCUAAGAAGUAUAAAGAGUUCAAAUUUUAAAUGUAUUAUUUCUCUCCACGUAUAUGUACUGUAUUAUAGGAAUUAAAUUGUGUGACAUAGAGAAUAAAAAAAUUAGGCUUAAUAUAUCAUUUUAAUAAUGA